AUGUUGGUUUGCUUUGUUCUGUUCUUUGCCGCUGAGGUCUCGCUGGCAACUGGUCCUGAUGGAGCCCCGAUGUUCAAACUCGUGGCUCGCAACAUCGCGUCUGUAGCCGGGGGUGCUGCCUGCACGACCAUCCUUCUAAUGCCACUCCGUGACCCUUCACUGUCAUUGUUGGGAAUCAGUGGUGUAGGCCAACCACCAUCGAGUGAUACACGCAGCCCCGAAGACAACCUCAAACUAUGGCAAUUUCUCACCGUAUCAUGGAUGGGACCACUGAUUUCCACUGGGAAACAGAGGCAAUUGAAUGAACAAGAUGUUUGGCUACUGGGAUUCGAAUUCCAGCACCGCCGACUCCAUGAGAAAUUCCGGCAGAUUCUAGGGUCUGUCCUAGGUCGGUUAUUAAAAGCCAAUGGCAUUGAUGUCCUCAUUAUCUCUACUAUUGCGAUUGUGCAGAUGUUUUGCGUGCUAUUGCAGCAACUCUUGCAAUCCAUGAGCGACCCGUCCAAGUCAAAGCGUGUACCUCUAACUUAUGCUCUUUUGUCCUUCAUACUGCGACUAGUUGCAGCCCAAUCCCAGGUGCUGAGUCUGUGGUAUGGCCGACGCUGCUAUGAGAGGUCUAGAGGUGAAAUGGUCAUGAUGGUCUACGAAAAAGCGCUCUCGAGAAAGAACAUUUUUGGAUUACGCAUUGAGGACAAGACCGAAGCAUCCAGCGGAGAGGCAGAUGGAAUAUCCAGCAACGAUGCCACACUUCCGGAGACCGAGGCCCUUCCUGCGAAGCCCGAACGAAGCCUGUGGAGUCGCCUCUUUCGCGGCAAUGAAAAAGCCCCAGAGCAAAAUGCAAAGGAGGCUGCAUCUCUGGGCAAGAUAUUCAAUUUACUUCGAGGAGAUGUUUAUGAAGUGGCUCAGCGCUUCUGGGAAGUCGACUCUCUCAUCGACAAGCCCUUGGGACUGACCAUCGCUAUUUCUCUUGUCUGGACCCUGUUCGGUCCUUCAUGCUUCCUGGGGAUCCUCGCUGUCUUGACAGCACAGGCAGUCAACGUCGUGAUUACUCGAGUCCUCCUCCGAUGGGAGCGGGUCAGACGAGCGGCAACAGAUGCCAGGUUGCAGAUCACCUCGCAGUUUGUGGAAGCAAUUCGUCACCUCCGGUGGUAUGGCUGGCAGGGCCAUUGGCUUCGGCAGGUCAUGGAGGCCCGGCAGCACGAGUUGAAUCUUCGGGUUAUAACAAGCCUAUGGAGCAUUCUCAUCCGCUCUAUCAACGCCUUUGCCAGCGGUGUCUUUCCUGUGGUCGCCCUCUAUGCUUCCACAAUUCUGGCUGGGCAUGAGUUGCGUAUUGACAUUAUAUUCCCUGCGCUGCAGCUUUUUAUCAUGCUGGAGACACGUCUGCGUGAAAUUCCAAACUUGAUAACCUCCCUAAUCAAUGCCUUCAUUGCUCUUGGGCGUAUCGAGGAUUUCAUGGCAGAGCCAGACAAGGAAAAUCUGCCUUUCGAGGUUUCGGGCGACAGCUCCCAGCCGAAACUAGAAUCUUGUUCAUUUGCCUGGCCGGGAAAAACGUCACCGGUGUUGAUUGACCUCAACGUGAUUAUCCCAAAAGGGCUGACAGUUGUGAGUGGAAAAGUAGGAGCUGGCAAGACCGCCUUUCUACAGGCACUCCUGGGAGAGCUGGAUCGACUCGAAGGUUCUUCGCAUCUUCCAAACGAAAUGGUGGGCUACUGUGCCCAGACGCCCUGGUUGCAAAGUAUGAGCAUUCGCGAUAACAUUCUCUUCUCUGCGCCUUACGACGAGCAACGCUAUAAGCGGACGCUGGAAGCCUGUGCGCUUCUCCCGGAUCUCACCCAGUUCAAGCAUGGCGACUUAUCUUUUGUGGGCGAAAACGGUAUUGGUCUCUCGGGAGGCCAGAAGGCUCGUGUGGCUCUCGCACGAGCAGUGUAUAGUGCUUCUCGAAUCUUGCUUCUGGAUGACCCCCUGUCAGCACUGGACCACAACACUGCCGAAUUCGUGGUUCGAAAGUGCUUUUCAGGGUCUUUGAUGGAGGGACGCACAAUUGUUCUCGUCACGCAUCGCACCUCAUUGGUUCGUCACCUUGCAGACCAGGUUGUUGAAAUCAUUGAAGGACGCGCUACCAUCCAUACAAAACGCCUUUUCUCUGGUAUCACCCGACAUGGCGGUAGCGAAUCAUCGUUGCCAUUGAGCGAUACCGAGAGCGAGAUGGAAGAUACCAACCUCGAAGAAGAAGCAGCCGCAAUUCCAGACAAAUUCAUUGAGGAAGAGCAUCGAGCGGAAUGGGGUGUCAAGGCUUGGGUGUACUGGAACUACAUUCGAGCUGGCAAAUAUCGAUGGUGGUUGGCUCUUGUCGUGGUCUUGACCCUGUACCGGCUUAUAGCAAUCGGGCAAUCUUGGUUUCUCAAAGGAUGGGGAGAGGCCUAUGACCAGACUGCAAUGACCUUCAGCAGCCUGUGGAAUCCGCACACAAAGCUAUCUCAAGGCACCAGGCUGGCCUCUUUGUCAAGUAUGGGCACAUCCUUUGCGCCUCGCAAUCCGAUGGACCAACUGCCGUCCCCACGCGACGACGUCCGUCCCUGGCUAUGGAUGUUCUUCGGCAUAAUUUGCCUCCAAGCAGCCACACAAGUUAUUGGUCAGUUGCUGAUGCUGGUCAUCGUGUACUGUGCCGGGCAGACAAUGUUUCGCCAGGUGAUGGUUCGGGUCAGCCACGCGACAUUCCGGUUUUUCGACGUCACCCCAGUAGGCCGAUUGAUGAACCGUCUGACGUCGGAUAUUGGGGUGGUUGAUGGGAACAUCAGCGAACAAUUCCUGGUGAUUACGUUCCAGGCCAUUACCUGGAUCUCUUCAGUCUUGGUCAUUGCUACUGCGACCCCAGUCUUUCUGAUUUUCUCUCUAGUCCUCACCGUGGCUUUUGUAUUGAUCUUCCUGCAGUUUCUGCCGGCGUCUCAGAGUCUGCGCCGGCUGGAGAUGGUGUCUUUGAGCCCGUUGCUGUCAAACUUUGGAGAGCUGCUGCACGGUUUGACCACUGUGCGUGCUUUUCGCGCCGAAACGCGGUUCCAGGAUCGGGUGAUUUCGGUGGUGGACAAAUUCCAGGGCAUGGACCAUUUCUACUGGUCCCUCCAGAGCUGGCUUGUCUAUCGAUUCGAAAGCCUAUCCGCUCUCUCGACCUUCUGCCUGACCGCGCUAGCUUUGUACACAAACACAACCCCCGGGCUCGUGGCGUUCGUGCUGAUAGCAGCCAACAACUUCGUCGUGUCUACGCAUGGGCUCUGCAAGCAGUAUGGCCAACUACAGAUGGAUUUUGUGUCCGUGGAGCGAGUCGAUGAGCUCCUUCACAUUGAAGAAGAGACACCCGGAACCAUCGCCCCUCCGGCUGCAUGGCCGACCUACGGGCGUGAUAUCACAUUCGAGAACGUCACUCUCCGCUACGCACCUCAUCUAGAGCCCUCAUUGAUCAACAUCUCCCUCCGCAUCCCUGGCGGCUCCACCACCGCGAUCAUCGGGCGCACGGGAAGCGGCAAGUCAACACUAGCAGUGUCGCUGCUCAGCGUCGUCAGACCGGAAUCCGGCCGGAUCCUCGUCGAUGACAUCAAUAUUGCCGACGUCAACACACAGGCACUGCGCACGCGCGUUACUUUUGUCGCCCAGGACCCGGUCCUAUUCCCUGGUAGUAUUCGUCUCAACCUCGACCCCACCGAGGACUACUCCGAUGCGCAAUGCACCGAUGUCCUGGAGCGACUCUGCAGUCGCCAUGGCUGGAAUCUCGAGACACAUAUUGAGGCCGGUGGAAAAAAUUUCAGCCAGGGUCAGCGUCAGCUCAUUGCCUUAACGCGCGCGGUCUUGCGCCGCAGUCCGAUUGUCAUUCUUGAUGAGGCGACUGCAUCGGUGGACCACGAGACGUCCCUCGAGAUCCAGCAGAUCAUCCGGGAGGAGCUGCAGCUCUCGACCGUUAUCACCAUUGCGCACCGCAUCGAGGCUGUCAAGGACGCGGAUUACUUUGUGGUCUUGGACCAGGGCCGGGUAGCCCGCCAAGGACCGGUGCGAGACCUGUAA